UGAGCGUGGAAGAAAGCAAAGCGUGCGCGAGUAGCCCUACGAGAGAAGGCUACUAAUAGUUGACAGCGAUACAGUUCACUGACUCUCUCCUCCUUUUGCUGAAAACGUAACAGGGAUGCAUUGAAUGCGUUUCCAAUAUGCUGGGGGAGACCUAUGUUAGAUUCAAGAAACCAACCAGCUGAAAUUAAAGGAAACGCCCAAAACGAAGAUGACGGAGGGGAGACUCUGCCAGGUUCAUCUCCUUGACGACAGGAAACUUGAUCUGCUGGUUCAGCCCAAGCUGUUGUCCCGUGAACUGCUAGAUCUGGUGUCCUCCCAUUUUAACCUCAAAGAGAAGGAAUAUUUCGGCCUAACAUUUGUUGAUGACAGUGGCCAGUGUAAAUACUUGCAGUUGGACCGAAGAGUUCUAGAACAUGACUUUUCUAAGAGGGCUACUGGGCCUAUUGCCCUCAACUUCCUGGUCAGGUUUUACAUCGAGAGUAUAACACUGCUGAAAGACAACACAACGGUGGAAUUAUUCUUCCUAAAUGCAAAAGUUGCCGUCUACAAUGGGGAUAUAGAGGUGGAAAGUGAGAAUGUAUUCAAAUUAGCAGCAAACGCCUUGCAGGAAGCAAAGGGGAAUUACUCAAGUGAUGAAACCACCAGAAUGGAUCUGAAGAAGCUCCCAACUCUUCCCAACAAGGUGCUAAAGGAGCACCCAUCACUUACAUACUGUGAGGAUCGAGUGAUAGAGUACUACAAACAGCUGAAAGGAGUCUCCCGCGGACAUGCCAUAGUGCAGUAUUUGACUCUAGUGGAAUCCUUACCCACGUAUGGUGUUCAUUAUUAUGAAGUAAAGGACAAGCAAGGUAUCCCAUGGUGGCUUGGGAUCAGUUACAAAGGAAUUGGCCAAUAUGAUUUGCAGGAUAAAUUGAAACCAAGGAAGCUGUAUCAGUGGAAGCAACUGGAGAACUUGUAUUUUCGGGAGAAGAAAUUUGCUGUUGAGGUGAAUGACCCUCACAGGCGGGCAGUGACCAAGCGUACAUUCGGCCAGACCAGCUUGGUCAUCCACACAUGGUACGCCAGCCAUUCACUGAUCAAAACCAUCUGGGUCAUGGCCAUCAGUCAGCACCAGUUUUACUUGGACAGGAAGCAAAGCAAGGGUAAAAUAACUGCAGCGAAAAGUCUGGGUGAUAUUGCCGUCGAUCUAACAGAGCAUGGAGGAGGAACCAAGAUAACCAGACUAGGAGAUAACCUAAAGCACAACCUCAUUAUGGCUAGCACUGGUAGCCUGGCGUCAACAGGGUCUGCCGAUUCAGCACUGGACGAAGAGCAGAGAAAGGAGAAGAUCUCUGACCUAAAGAAGAAGGAACAAGAGAUCCAAGACGUCUUGACCCAGAAAACAAAGGAGCUGAAGAAAAUCUGCUUGCUGGAGGCGGAGCUCACGGGCAAACUGCCAAAAGAGUAUCCCUUGUUUGCAGGCGAGAGACCUCCUCAUGUCAGACGACGCGUUGGAACGACCUUCAAACUGGAUGACCUCUUCCCAUACAAUGAGGACCCUUAUCUGAGGAACCUGGAGAGCAUGUUUGCUCUGCAGCAGAAGAUCGUAGAAGCAGCUAAGAAGCUGGCCUCAGAGGCAGAGCUCUGUAAGACUGUGAAGAGGAAGAGGAGGAGGAACUGUCAGGAUGCCAUGAGGAAACUGCAGCACGUUGAAGACGAGAUGAACCAGUACAGAAUCAAGAAAGGCAAGAAGCCUACCCAAAGAGCCUCUGUGAUUAUCACAGAUGAAUUUAUCCGUUUAGAGACCAGCUCCCUGUCAGAUAGUCAGAUUCUGGAUGACGAUGACUCUGAUCGUGCUCAGAGGCCCCUGUCACGGUCUGUCCAGUGCUCCCCUCAGCUCAGCCCCGCGCACUCCCUAGAUCACCACAACAACAAGAGUCUCAACAGGUUAGCGUUUGACGGCCAGGAUGCUUCACACCACUACCACUCCAGAGAGGUGUCAUCCGCACACAGCAGCCCCUACAAAACCUUACCCAGACCUUCACGGGACGCACGCAGCAUGCCCUCCACCCCCGUUAUGACCCGCAACGCCUACAGCAGCAGCCAGCUCAGGUCGGAUGGGAACUCUCAGUCCUUCAGGCACCGCAGUGGGAGUCUGGAGUCACAGCAACGGCUAUUAAAGGAUACUGACUCAGAGAAGCCAGUGUUUACCCAGUCCCCUGCCCGCAGGAACAACAGCACAGAAGCCCUGGAGGAUUGCUGCUCCUACACCAGCCAGUCCAGCUUGGACUACGCAGGCAACCCCCACUACUGCACCCUGGACUCUCGGACCCGCAACCAUCAGCUGCACAGGAGGGUGGAGGUCUACGGUAAUACAGGCAGUAUGCCCAAUUUGGUCCAGAACCAUAUCGGCUUUAGUGAUACUUACGAGCCCCAGGCACACUACGCGCCAACUGCUUACUACGUGGCAGGCUACCCCUGUCCAGACAUGGAGCCCUACUCCAACGGUGCUUACGUCUAUGAGAACGAGAUGGAGGGCCACUACAAUGUCAACCCCUCCUACCAAGUCCACAAUUACGGACACGAGCGAUACAGGACCUACAGUAGUGAUCGGGCGGACAGUCUUGCUCAGAACCCCUACGCUACCAUGAGAUUGCCCCGGACCAGACAUGGGCCCCGCAAUGAGCCCUUAGAGAAGAACAUGCAAAAGGCCAUGGUGGCUGAGCACCUGAGAGGCUGGUACCACCGCAGCGGGGGCCACAUAGAGGCAGGUAGAGGUCUGGCUGGGUAUGACUACGAUAACGGCUCUCAGCUCAGCCUUGGAUACCAGACCAUGCCAGCCCCCUUCAGCCACUCCAGCCGAACCACCUCCUACUCCUCAGUUUCCUCAUCCACCAGCACAGGAAACAGGCGCAGCCAGCUAACUGUGGGUCUUACAGACAAUGAUAACAUGGCAGAGUCACCACAGCACCAUCACCCAGGAGCCCAUGGCACCUACAACCGGAGCCCCACCCAUAUCAGAUUUCCCCCAGAAUGCAAUGUGUUGAAGAGGUCUGAUACGAUGCCGGUAGAUUCAGUAAAGAUGUUUGGUGCUGUGGCCAAUAGCGCUGAGGAAGACCAUUAGGCAGCCAUUCAAACACACAAGGGAGAAUAUUCAUGGCUGGAAAUUACAUGAGAAUCCACUGAAGGUAAGAGGACUGGAAGGAAAUCUGUCACAAUGACCCUGACACUAGAAGCACAGACCUCUGGAUGGAUGCCAACUAUCCAAUCUGUAUACAUACUAUGAAGCUUGAGAAUGACUCUCCCAUGUGCCUUGGAUUGGAUGGAGAUCGAUAUUAUUCAGGAAGACAUGGAUGUGGUGAUGGCACAAAAGUUUUGCUGAUCUGGAAAAGCAGCUUCAUCAUUGUGAAUUUCAAACCUUGGGAUAUCUUUGACCCAAAUAUAUUGAACCAAUUGUAUUAUGCCAUUAUACAUAUUGUAAAUCAACUUUAAUAUCUUUGUAAAACAUUUUGGAGUUAUUAUUCACAAAAUGUGAUAACAAAAUAAUAAACUAACCCUUCUUUAGUCCCAGGUUGUCAGUCCAUGGACUGACAUUCUCUCCUCUCCCAAGUAUGAAUCUGAAUGUACAUGUUUAUAGAUUAUUAUUAUUUGUGACUGUGUUAUUGUGAUGUAAAUUGCUUGCAUGUGGAGAACAUAAACUUUUGAUAAGUAGGUUUUUUGUAUGAUGUAAAAAGAUAUGACUGGAUAACCCUCAAAUAAUAUUCCUUUAUUUGUUUCUCUACAUAUUUCUACAUUGUCCAUGUAUUGUUUGUCUUCUCAUACUCUGAGUGAAUAUCUCCCAUUUGGAUUUGGGACAUUAAUAAAAAACAGUGUGAGA